AAAAAAACUAUAUCUGUUAAUAGAUUCGUUAAAACUAAGAGUAUACAUAUUCCAAAAGCUCAAUAUUCUUUUUUCAGAAGAGACCGAAUUAUAUCUUCCAAAUUUAGCGUAAAAUCGGGACACCGCAUCUUUGUGGUUCUAGUAAGAUCCAUCUUGACCUUAAAUUUUAUGAAAGACAAGAAAUUAAACCUCUCGAUUUUUACGCCGAAUCUGAAUUUGGGCGAAAGUUACGGAGAAAUCUAAAAGUGCAAAUUACAAAUUACAAAAAGAAAAAAAUAGUCAUUCCUUUCAAUGCAUCUUUGUGGUUCUGAUAAAAUCUGUCUUGUCUUUAAAUUUUACGAAAGACAUGAAAUUAAACCUCUCGAUUUUUACGGCGAAUCCGAAGUCGAAUCCAAAUUCAGACGAAGACUAUGGGCAAACUGAAAUUGCAGGCGAAGUUUUCACGAAAAGAAAAAAGUUGUUUCUUUCAUUUCGGAGGAUCUCGCAAAACACCUUAUCGUAAACCCUUGGCAACCGCACCGGACCUUUUUCGUAAAUGCGGACAGCGAAAUGCAACGCUCGAAAUAACACGGCUAGCCGGUGACAUCGGCGGUGGGUCAAGCACGGAUAAGCGGGUCGCGGCAAGGGAUGAAUUCCCUGGAAUGAAACUACGGAUUUCAUCCCCCACGUCCGUAUCUAAGUUGCAUUGGGCGGGAAGAUUUCCAGCUGCGAGAAUUUUCGAAAAAUGUUUCCUCAACCCAUCCUGGACGGUGCCGACAAUCGCACGCUACGACACGACGACACGAUUCGUUUCACCGUUUAAACUAUCGACACUUGCGCGGUAAAUGUGUCACGAACAACUAGGUCGCUGCAUUUGAUUUGCUACGCCGGAUUCUGGUUUCAGCCGAUUGUAUGAAAU